GCAGACUGUCAGACGCAAACCGGAAGUGCGGGCAGUGUAUACUGUCAUCACGCAGAGGAAAGCAGUCAGCACUGAGGUCAUCUGCUUCAAGGUGUACCUGAACGUUACCUGUGGUCUUUUAGCAAGAAGGCGAAUAGGAUGUCUGGAGAUUUGCCACUGAAUAUCAACAUUAAAGAACCACGAUGGGACCAGGGCACAUUUAUGGGUCGGGCUCAGCACUUCUUCAUGGUGACGGACCCCAGAAAUGUGCUGCUGUCCAGUGAGGUUUUGGAGGAUGCCAGAGUUACUGUGGAGGACUACAGGUCGGGAGUUGUGAAGCCUGGGCUAACAGAAGAUCAACUAUGGAGGGCCAAAUACAUCUACGACUCUGCUUUCCACCCAGACACAGGAGAGAAAAUGCUGAUAGUUGGACGCAUGUCUGCACAAGUGCCCAUGAACAUGACCAUUACGGGUUGCAUGCUCACCUUUUACAGGACAACCCCAGCAGUGGUGUUUUGGCAGUGGGUUAACCAGUCCUUCAACGCCAUUGUCAACUACACUAACCGCAGUGGAGACGCGCCACUCACCAUGAAUCAGCUUGGUGCGGCCUACGUCAGUGCGACCACUGGAGCUGUAAUAACAGCCCUUGGCCUGAAGUCUCUAACCAAGCACUUGCCUGCUAUUAUGGGACGUUUUGUUCCAUUUGCUGCAGUGGCAGCAGCCAACUGUAUCAACAUACCCUUCAUGAGACAAAGAGAGCUGAAGUGUGGUAUUCCUGUUACUGAUGCUGAGGGUAAACGAGUCGGAGAAUCAACUAAAGCUGCUCAGCAAGCCAUAGUGCAGGUGGUGGUGUCUCGUAUUGGCAUGGCAGUGCCAGCCAUGGCUAUUCCUCCAGUUAUUAUGAAUGCCUUAGAGAAGAAAGCUUUCAUGAAGCGGUUCCCGGUUCUCAAUGCCCCUGUACAAGUUGGGCUUGUAGGAUUCUGCCUGGUGUUUGCCACUCCGUUGUGCUGUGCCCUGUUCCCACAGAAAAGUUCUAUGAAGGUGAGCAGCCUGGAGCCGGAACUUCAAGAGAGUUUACGACAAAGCAAUCCUCACAUCACCACUGUUUAUUUCAACAAGGGUCUGUAGAGCAGUCUAGGUUGCAGCCCAUUCUGAUGUCUUCCAUUGCACUGGAGGUUAGUGGGCACAACUUGAAAGGUAGAUAGAAAGGUAGUUUUUUUUUUUUUUUGCUGUUUUGAGUUAUAUAUUUUUGUCAAUUUUACCCAUGCUAUUGCACAAUCCUUAGUUACUAUGUACAAUGAAGGGCAGAACUUGCUGCUGGAUUUGGUUUAGAAGCUUGAAUGUUAACUGCUGCAUUGAUGUUUUAAACCCCAUCACACACAUGUUGACUUAUUUACCUAUACAUUCAUCACAUUGAUUUAUUCUCGAUUACCAUAUCCGUAUUGUAAGAUUUUUUUGUUUCGUUAGUGCUUCUUUAGUUAAGUUUUCCAGGUUUGUGGCUCAAAGGUUUAUCUCACAUGCACGUUCUUACUGAAGACAAUUCCAGAAAUUGGGUUUUCAACAGGAGUAUUUCCACAUUACAUGCUCCAUUAUGUGCCCAUUAAGUGCACUUAUGCAGCAAAUGCAGUGUGCUUCACUCUCUGUACUGCAAAAGAAUCCCUAAGAUGUGAGAACAUCAACUCGAUCAUGAGAACAUCAAAAUGCUAAUUAUUAGGUGACUAUCUUUGAUGUACAUCUUUACUUCCUGCAGGCCAUACUUCAUUAUUUUUGUUUAAGCCUUACAGGCCUGUGUGGUUUUAAGUCUCUGAGAUAUUUGGUUGUGUGGAUUGUAGUUUGUGUGUUGUUAUUGAAGAAUUGUGAAGAGGUCAAAAUAAUAUCUAUUAUUGUGAUUGUAAAAAUAAUUCCCCCUAAUGGGACAGAAUGUGUCUGGGCUUAAAGACAGAAGCACUACAUCUCUCAGACAGCAAGAGCAAUUUAUACGAACAGAGUUCACUCAUGCUUGAUAGAAGAAAUAUGCUAAUUCAGAGAAUGAAGAAAGAGUUGCUUCAUAUGCCCUGCUUUGAUCAUCUAUCAUCUCAAACAUUAACAGUUAUUGGAACAACAAUCAGAUUUAUUUAUUGUUGUCAUGGGGGAAUCUAUGAGAUGAUGUAUCAAUAAUAUACAUAUAUAUGGUGUCUGUAGUCAGUGUAUGAUAUAACCUUACCUUUUGUAAGUUAACAGCUCCUAUAAUCUGAGCGAAUAAGAUCAAACUAGUUUUCCCUGACAUAUUGUGGUAAUGUUACAGUGUGUAGUUUUUGUUGCUUGGUUCUGGUUCCUAUUGUUUUUGUGAAUGAAGUUACCAAACCUUUACGGUGUUCCUUUGCCAUCGGACUCUCUGAACUCUGUGCUUUUUUGGGAUGAAAAAGGCUCAUUGAAGUGAUGUUAUUCCCAUCAUGUCCUCUGAGAGGCAACAGAGAUCUGUUUGUUUUUGACUUGAGCACUCCAUGUUGGCAAAUAUUGUUUAGCCUAAUAUAUAUGUUGCAUAAGUAUGCAGUUGGAAAAAAACUAGUGCUGUGGAAAACAGUCAGGAAUUAAUGCACAAUUUCCCUGUUACUAUGACUGAUAGAGAGAGCUGUCAGAUAUGUUAUGCAAAUAAGACUAUGUGAUUGUGAUUUAUACAAAAAUGUCUAAAUUUCCUUGGAAUGUCCUGUUACACCAAAUCUCACAGAAAACUAUAACCCUAUGCUGUCAAGAUUUAUUCUUCCUAUAAUAAUGCAAUGUACCAGCAGAAGUUCAGUCGGUCGUGUAAUGCACCAACGUUAUAUUAUAAUGAUUUACAGUGAUGCUCAACAUAAUAGACACGUUUCCAAACAUAAACAAGGGUGUUACGGUCUUUCUCAACAGGCAUUAAGGUGUCAUAUCCUCUUUAAUCACAAAACUGUUUGUUACUUAGUAAGUUCUUUCAGAUGUUUUAUGAUUGUAAAUUGCACUAGACCACUGACAAUGUUUAUUGGAGAUCUCAUGAAAAAAUGUUUUAUUGUGUACAAAUGUAAUAAUUUAGUGAAUCUAAUGAAACGAAAACCAUCAUGUUAUAACUUUACACACACAAUUGUUAAUGAACACACAAUGGUCAUUGUGUUAUUUUCUAUUGACAGUUAUAACAUUAUGGUUGUCCAUCAAUAUGUGGAUAAUAAUUAAAUUAAAAAUUAAGAUUGUCACACCAAAUGCAUUUGGCAUGUUUCAAAAAUGAGACCUUACCAAGGAAAACAAUUGUUACUGCACAUAUUCUUGAUGCUUAGAGCACAUAUUUUUUGAUAGGUCUCCCAUAGCAUGGGAAGUGCAAGCACAAUAAAUGGUGUGGUGUCAUGCAUAUAAAUGUCACUCCAGGAAGACCCACUUUAGCACAAUUAUUAUAGUUAGUAUUGGUGCUCGUUGUGUUUUAUUUUUCCAGCAUUUUAUAUUGUUUUGUUAAUCCUUGUGUGUAUUUUAUCUGGAACAAUGUAAUAAAGAAGAUAUUAAACUGAC